UUUCCGCUUCCGGGGAGAGCGGCGGCGCUUCCGGCGGGUGACCCUGUCGAGUCCUUCUGGGCGGCGGGAGCGGAGCAAUGGGGCUGCACGAUACCGUCGUUCACGCCGGGGAGCCCGAGGAGGAGGAAGAAGAGCUGGUGGAUCCUUUAGAAACAAUCCGGGAGCACUGCGAGCAGACGGAGAAGUGCGUGAAGGCGCGGGAGCGGCUGGAGCUCUGUGACGCACGGGUGUCCUCCAGGUCCCAGACAGAAGAGCAGUGCACAGAGGAGCUUUUUGACUUCCUGCAUGCCAGGGACCACUGUGUUGCUCACAAACUCUUCAAGAGCCUGAAGUAAGGGCGGGUAUGAUUGUCCAUCUGCUUCCACAGCCAAUGUUGGCAGUUCCUGAUCCACAGUACUGCUUCCUGCCUGUUCAUUCUCCAUGCCCAGUGUAAACAAAAUGGCUUCCUGGCAGCGACCUCUGUUCUCCUGGAAGAAGAUGUGCAGCUGCACACAAAAAAUGUGUUGAUGUCCUGUGAUUUUCCAUAG